GUCGCGGGCACUGGCCUUCCCCGGGGCCAGGCGGCGGGCUGCCCUCCUCCCCGCCCUCCUCCGGGGGUGGGGGCAGCCGCCGUUCGCCGGCCGGGGCCGCCCGCGGGCCGGGUGGUCGUGGCCUGCCCUUUGGGGUCGUAGCGGAUGGGGGAUCUCAGUGGGCGGGCGGUGACGCAGCCCCACGGAGAGGCCGGGGCCGGGCGCCCUGUGGCCGAGCCUGUGAGCAGGGCCUCGGCAGCCCCCUGCGCGGCCUGACUGCCGGGGCUGGCGGUUGGCUGCGCCGAGCGGCCGCGGUCGGGGUGCGGGUGAGCGCCCGGCUGCCCUUUUGCAGCAUUUAUUUCCUAGGGCAGGGGCUGUGUAGCCCCGAGAGGUCUGAGUAGUUUGGGGGGGGGCGUUUGUUUUGUUUUAAGGAGUUACACAAGGGUGGCUUUAAGGAACAAGUUAAAAGGGCAGGUUCCUGCUCUGUGCACAGUAGAAAGUUUUUGAUUACCUUCUGGGUGCUACAGAUGAAAUGUUUCUCAUACACUGAACUCCACCUUGGAUCGUCUCAGUGCUGCGUAUACAGAACGUCAUAAAAAGUAGGAAGUCAAGAUGAAGAGCAGGGUGACACAAGUAAAUCAUGGCUCCAGUUACGAAAGGAAGGAAAACUACAGUUCACGCCAAAGAAGUUUGUCUCCGGAGGACAGGGAUAGAGAGCAUGACAGGUCUCCAUCUCCCAGAAAGAGAAGGUACUCUGAUGACAGCAGAUAUGAUCAGGAAUAUUCAAGAAGGGAAUACUAUGAUGACAGAACUUCAGAAGGAAGAAGGACGGAAAGGGCGAGGGAAAGACACCAUGAAAAAUGGGAGGAGAGAGAAUCUGAUCGAAGGAAGCAGAGAAGGUAUUCAUCACCUGAUCGUAGGAGUCCAGAGAGGUCGACAGUCCAGAGCUCACUUGCUCAUGAUGAGACCACUUCAAAGAAGAAGAAAGAAGAAGUGGAUCCUAUCCUCACUCGCACAGGUGGUGCGUAUAUUCCACCUGCCAAGCUCAGGAUGAUGCAAGAGCAAAUCACUGAUAAAAAUAGCUUGGCAUAUCAGAGGAUGAGUUGGGAAGCCUUGAAGAAGUCAAUCAAUGGUCUUGUCAAUAAAGUGAACGUUUCUAAUAUAGAAAAUAUCAUUCAUGAGCUCCUUCAGGAAAAUAUUGUUCGGGGAAGGGGAUUGCUGUCUAGGUCCAUUUUGCAAGCUCAGAGUGCCUCUCCGAUUUUUACCCAUGUUUAUGCAGCUCUUGUGGCAAUUAUCAACUCAAAAUUUCCAAAUAUUGGUGAACUGAUUCUCAAGAGGUUGAUACUAAAUUUUCGCAAAGGGUAUCGCAGAAAUGAUAAGCAACUCUGCCUAACAUCUUCAAAGUUUGUGGCACAUUUGAUGAAUCAGAAUGUGGCUCAUGAGGUUUUAUGUUUGGAAAUGCUCACUUUGCUUCUUGAAAGGCCUACUGAUGACAGUAUUGAAGUAGCAAUAGGAUUUAUUAAAGAGAGUGGGCUCAAAUUAACAGAAGUUUCUCCUAGAGGUAUUAAUGCAAUCUUUGACCGUCUUCGACACAUUCUGCAUGAAUCUAAAAUUGAUAUGCGUGUUCAGUAUAUGAUAGAAGUCAUGUUUGCUGUACGGAAGGAUGGCUUCAAGGAUCAUCCGAUCAUUCCAGAGGGAUUAGAUCUAGUGGAAGAGGAGGAUCAGUUUACUCAUAUGUUGCCAUUAGAAGAUGACUACAACCCAGAGGAUGUUCUUAAUGUUUUCAAGAUGGAUCCGAACUUUAUGGAAAAUGAAGAGAAAUACAAAAUGCUGAAGAAAGAAAUUCUUGAUGAAGGUGACAGUGAAUCUGAAGCAGAUCAAGAGGCUGGAAGUAGUGAAGAAGAUGAAGAUGAUGAUGAAGAGGAAGAUGAAGAUGGUCAGAAAGUUACUGUCCAUGACAAAACAGAAAUCAACCUGGUCUCCUUCCGCCGUACAAUUUAUCUUGCUAUUCAGUCAAGCUUAGACUUUGAAGAAUGUGCUCACAAAUUGCUGAAGAUGGACUUUCCUGAAAGUCAGACUAAAGAACUCUGCAAUAUGAUACUUGACUGCUGCGCUCAGCAAAGAACGUAUGAGAAAUUCUUUGGGUUACUGGCAGGGCGUUUCUGCAUGUUAAAAAAAGAAUAUAUGGAAUCCUUUGAAGCUAUUUUCAAAGAACAGUAUGAUACCAUUCAUCGUUUGGAAACGAACAAACUGAGGAAUGUUGCCAAGAUGUUUGCUCAUCUGCUGUACACCGAUUCAAUUCCCUGGAGUGUCCUUGAAUGUAUAAUACUGAGUGAAGAAACCACCACAUCCUCCAGUAGAAUUUUUGUCAAAAUAUUCUUUCAGGAACUCAGUGAAUAUAUGGGACUUCCUAAUCUAAAUGCAAGAUUAAAAGAUGAAACAUUGCAGCCUUUCUUUGAGGGUUUGUUGCCUCGGGAUAACCCAAGAAACACUCGCUUUGCCAUCAAUUUCUUCACUUCUAUUGGCCUUGGAGGACUAACGGAUGAAUUACGGGAACAUCUUAAAAAUGCACCAAAGAUGAUAAUGACACAGAAACAAGAUGUUGAGUCAUCAGAUUCAUCUUCAGAGACAGACUCGUCCUCAGAUUCUGAUUCUGACAGCAGCAGCAGUAGUAGCUCAGAGUCGUCCAGCAGCAGUGACUCCUCAUCUAGCAGUGACAACAGCAGUGACUCAGAUGUUCCUAAAGCCAAAAGAAAGAGAAUGCAAAAGAAAAAUAGAGAAUCUGAUAAAGUUUCCAGGAAAAAACAAGAAAGGAAAAGGAAAUCACUUGAAAAGAAAAUGGGAAGAAGGCAGCAAGAGGAAAGAAGUGAUACUGAGAGCAAAUCAGAAAGAAAUCACCGGAAUUUGAGAGAAUCACACAGGAGAGAUGACAUAUCAAAGCAUCAUCACAGAGAUGAGUUCAAUGGCAGAGAUGGUUACCAUAGUGGAAAGGAUAGGAACCAUGAAAGAAGUAAGGAUCUAGAAAAUAAACACAGUAAUUCAAAGCAGAAGAAAGCAGAGAGAAGAGCUUCUUUGUCUGAUGAUGAAAAUUACAAACACUGGAGCAAAGAUAAUGGACAUCACAGUAGAAAAAGAGAAAGAUCAAAAUCUGCAGAGAAAUCCCACAAUAAUUCAAGUCCAAGAGAGGAGGAACAAGAAGAUCGAUACAGAAAUGGUUCAGAGAAACAUCGAGAGAAGCACAGCCGUUAUUCUGACCAGUACAGAGAAUCCAGAAAGAACGAGGACAGACGAAGGGAGAAUUCCCCACACAGACGAAAAUAAUACCUAACCAGGGUUUGAAACAAAUGUGCAUUUCUGAGCUGUUAAACCUGUAUUUUAAAAUCUAUUACUGAACUUCCUUUAAAAAAAAAAUUUUGUACAAAGUGAUAGUUUGCAUUUGUAAAUUUUAUCAGACUUUUUCAAAUUUUCAGUACCACUUUUUUAUAACUAUUGUAUCAAGUCUUUCUGUUAAAUCCUUCCUUUGGAAAGAUGAAGCUGUUUAUUUUGUGAAUAAAACUGUUAAGAUCUUGGUGAAA